GGAUCUGUGAAGAACAUGACAACAGCUGCACUACUGGUAUUUUGUAUAGGCCUACCAGCAAUUGAGGGUGGACAAGUUUACUACCACUUAAGUUUCAAAUAAUUGCACCAAUUCGGUGGAAUGGCCCAUAUACUGUAGGCCUAUUGUAUAAUUCUCCAAGUAGGCCCUUAAGUCCAGUAGUUUGAUUUUUAGAAAUGCAUUAUGGUAAAAGUUUGACUAAAGCUGUUUAAUAAAUGUAGUAAAAUGACAUUAGGCCUAUUCCCUUUUAAAUGUAGUGGAGUAAAAGUAUUAGCAUUCAAUGGAAAUACUAAAGUACGUCGAAAUGUGUUCUUGAGUAGUACAGUAGCCUACUUCAGUGAAUGUACUUUGUUACUUAAGUUUCCCGUACUGCAUUUAAACAGAGGUAAUCAACAUUUCCGGGGUCACAAUAAUAGGACUCUAUGAGCUGGCAGAUACUACACAGGCAGUAGGUGACGAUGUAAAGGCUGCCUCUGCUGUUAUCUGGAACACGCUGCUGGACUGUUAUCUGCCAUCCAUCGCCGUGCCGGGGCAGGGUGGCUGUGCUCCGGCUGUGAUGACACCACAGAUCCGUUAGCAGCGCACUGCAGCCUCCUCCUCUUCCAUCAUGGCUCCCUCCGCAGACAGGCACGGAUACUGGGGGCAGCCGACCUCAACGCUGGACUGGUGCGAAGAAAAUUAUGUCGCUACCUUUUACAUUGCGGAAUUCUGGAACACUGUCAGCAACCUGAUUAUGAUCCUUCCUCCCAUUUACGGGGCCAUCCAGACGUUUCGAGACGGCCUCGAAUUUCGCUACGUCUGCUCUUUCCUCGGACUGGCAGCUGUUGGCGUUGGUUCCUGGUGCUUCCACAUGACGCUGCUAUAUGAGAUGCAGUUACUGGAUGAGUUGCCAAUGAUCUACAGUACAUGCGUCUUUAUCUACUGCCUAUACGAGUGUUUCAAACAAGAAAACACCAUCAGUUUAUUCCCCAUAGCAUUGUUAAUAAUCUUCAGUGUCUCAGUCACAUUGGUGUACUUACAGUGGAAGGAGCCAGUCUUUCACCAGGUCAUGUAUGGAGCUCUAGUAGCUUGCCUAGUGAUGCGAUCUAUCUUCAUUGUUACAUGGGUGUACCCAUGGCUCAGACCGCUGUGUUACACCUCCUUAGGAGUCUUUUUGUUAGGGUUCCUACUGUGGAACAUCGACAAUAUCUUCUGCAACACAUUAAGAGCCAGUAGAGAGAAACUUCCCCCCGGUGUUGGAGUAGCAACACAGUUCCAUGCCUGGUGGCACAUCUUCACUGGCCUUGGAUCCUACCUGCACAUACUUCUAAGCCUGCAGAUCAGGUCAACCUACCUCAAGCACAGACCAAAUAUAAAGUUUGUUUGUGGAGUUUGGCCCACAUUACACAUUGAACCACAGAAGACGAGCUGAAGUAAAGGGUUAGUGACCAACUGAAGGAUGGUGACUGCCAUAUCCAGACACCAUGGGAGCAGGGAGCUGCCAAUGCUCACUGCUGGGACCUCCGCCAACAGCUAGGGGGCAGGUGUACCCCAAGGCACUAUCCUAGGAACCCUUUGGUUCUGCACUGUGGCAAUUUACUAAGAUCAGUAUAGCACUGAGUCCAGUUUUAAGAUUUUGUUUAAUCACAAAUAGUUAUUAGACUAGCGUUUAUGUGAUCUUAUUGAAGUUUUAAUGCAAACAUGAUGUGUAGUCUUCUGAAGUGAUACAUGUCGAAGGGGACGGGGUGUUAUCUUAAUUAGGUUUUUGGAAAAAUUGAAAUUUUUUUUUUGAAUCUCCUAAGUCUAAAAAUAUUCAAAUUAGUCCCUAUCAAUUAUUAUACCUAUAACAGGCUUACCUAGCGUUUGUGCAGUUUUAGAACCAGCUGAGGGUGCUCCACUCACAGUGUUGUCACAUCCUUUUUCAAGGCGUAUUGCUUUUGGAUGUGCUCACUAUAUUGUAUAUGGGAUAGAAACUGCCUACUAGAAUGUGAAAGUAGUAAUGUGUUAUUGUAAUUCAGACCUAAGCCAUUUUACAAAUGUUCCUAUGAAAACAUGCCAUGACUGGAUUGUUAAUUUUCUUUUUUUUUCAUUGCCAAAGUUGUUCUGGGUUUAAAACAGUCAACCAUCAUUUGUAUUUUACGUCAUUAGAAUUGUUAUUCUGUUAGGGACAGAGCUAAGAUUUUUCCAUGUACACAAAACAAGUUGAACAACUUUGGACAGCUCAAGUUUCUGUGUCUGGAUACACACACGCCGUCUUUAAAGAGAUAUUGCACACACAUUUGUGCUCUUUGCAGGACUAAAAUUGUACUGCCACCCCUCAAGUCCAUACAUUUUGACUUUUGGUGAUCAGAAUUACAUUGACUCUCCCUCAGGGUGUGUUAUGUUGAAACCUGUUUGUUUGCCUGUGACCAGAAUCUUGCUUAUCUGAUCAGCCACAAAUAAUGCAAACAUGCAGAAACAUCACUGGAGGUCAUCAGCUGAUGUUUGCAGCUAGCUUGAAGGGAAGAUGGAGUUAAAUGCUGUAGUUAAAACUCAUUUAUAAAAGCCAGUCUGUUAAUAUAAUUGUAAAUGUUAACGUAUAGCCAAAUGAACAAGUGAACACAUAGAACAUGUCUAAAUAUUUGCAUCCCCAUAAGCCGUAGGGUUGGGAUUCAACACACAGACAGUUAUUCCUCCUUUAUACCUGUCUUCAUGCUAGAACACAGAAAUAGUAUUUGAGUUUUCUCCCCAAUUAUUAGAAAAAUACUUUAUCUAAGUAAGUAUCAACCUUCACUCGACACAUUGCCCUUUUAUCAGACAUUGCCAAACAUGCCUCUGUGAAUGGAGGAGAUGCUAUCUACCAACUGUAGAAUCUGACUUCAUGUACUGGAUCUGCAGUGUGAAAAGAAGGGCUCUUUAUUUAAAAUGAUUUGCUGCUGAUAUGAAAUGGUAACAAUAUAACAUGGUAUUUUUUUUGAUAUUUGUAUUUGUGUCUCCUAAACUGGAUUACCUACUCAUGCAUUCAUUUUCCACAACACUGAAAAAACUGAAACAUUGACUUUCAAUAAGUGUAUUAUGUCAACGGAUUUCACAUAACUGUAUUGGGUUCAAGUCAGUUUAUAUUAUAGUUAUAUUAGUUCAUACUAGGUUUCAGUUUUUUCAGUGUAUGCAUACAGUACAUGCUAUAUCACUAAAUCUCAAACGCUUGGGUUUAACACUAGUGUGAACCCAGUGUUACAAAUAUUCAUAAGCACAAUGUAUGAAAGAUAAGUAUUAACUGUUCAAAUGUUGAGUGGAAUGUUCAUUGUGUGUUAUUAUCUUGGCAUUCCUGCUCAUCAGUAGAGCAGUUGUCAAAGAAGGUGCCUUAUUGUUACCUUGCAAGUAAUCCAAGUUGCCUUGAUGUUCGUGAUCAAAUAACCAUUCUACUGUCCCUGUGUUGUGCAGCGUGCCCAUAUCUCUUUCUAGUGCAAAGUUUGUGCCUGGUUCUUUGGCCUCCCAUUCAUUUCAUGUGUCCAACAUUUUGGUUACAGUCUGUUCCAAUGAUAUUAACUGUCUGUAGGUGAAUAACGUUCUGUAUCUGUUGAGGCCAGAAGAGUAAACUCUGCCACCAGUUAUGUUUAACUUUGGUCAGUCUUUAUGAUAAAAAGACAUGCAGACUAAAUGUCUACAGAAGAAAUUAA